AAACUAGGUUAGGUCAGGCAUACAUUCAGACACCUCGUGAAGGACCCUGCAUUCACCAUGGCGGCGCCCGGUGAACCUUUAAACUGUGAGGACUUCUCAAUGUUUCAGGAGGCCCUGAGGGUGAUCCGGACCAUCGACGACCGCAUCGUCCAUUCCCUGAACACGAGCGUCCCCACCGUCUCCUUCUCAAGCAGAGUGGACGCCACUCAGACAUGUGAAAAACUCUACCAAACGAUGAUGGAGGCCCAUCUGAGCAGAGACAAAGCCAUCAAGGCGUGUUUAGCCCAGACCUCUGAGGCAAUGGGACACUUGAGAGAAGAAAGGACAAAAGAUGCUGACAACCUUGCAGUACUUAAACAGCUUAGAAAAGAGCAAACCAAGUUGAAGCUAAUGCAGUCAGAGUUGAAUGUUGAGGAGGUGAUCAAUGACAGAAGUCUGAAGGUUUUCAAUGAAAGAUGCAGAACUCACUACACGCCCCCUAAGGUGAAGUGACUUGAGUCUGUGUACGGUUCAGAGAGCUGCCCCCAGACCAGCACUAUUCUGGAGCUACCUAGAAACGAAGCCGGACCCCGUCUGCUCUCCCAGCCCUCCCAUCACUGUGGCCCCUCAUCCCGAUCCAGAGAGCUGCUUGGACCCUGACCCUGUACUGCCAUAAACAAACUGGAAAGACCCCCAACUCCCUUUCAGCGGGGGAGGGUUCCCCUCUGUCUCUCCUCGUCUGAAAGGCAUUGUAUGAAAAAUUUAUUUAUUUUAUAUAAAUAUAUACAUACUUAAA